AUGUGUUGGAAGACGCUGCUGCUUCUGCUGUUGUGUUAUGAUGCUCAAGCGACUGUGUCCCACAGGUGGGGCAGAGCCGUGCUCUUCCCUGCGGCCCAUCGGCCAAAGAAAUCAUCCUCGAUGCCUUUGAAUCCCGUCCUGCAGAGCUCCCUGGAGGAUGUAGAACUGCUCUAUGAGUUCCUGCUAGCUGAACUUGAGAUCGGCCCUGACCUGAAGAUCUCCAUCAAGGACGAGGAGCUCGCCUCCUUGAGGAAGGCCUCUGCCUUCCGCACCGUCUGCAAUGACGUGAUCCCCAAACGCAUCCCAGACAUCCGCCGGCUGAGUGCCACCCUCUCCAGACACCCCGGCGUCCUCCAGAAAGAGGACUUUGAAAGGACAGUGCUGACCCUGGCCUACGCAGCCUACCGCACAGCUCUGUCCCAAGGGCAUCAGAAGGACAUCUGGGCCCAGUCCCUCCUCAGUCUCUUCCAGGCCCUGAGGCAUGACUUGAUGCGGUCCUCAGGCUCCAGAGUGUCUCUCCGAGAGACUGGCCCGCACCAGGACUGA